UGCAAUCUUGAAACAUUAUAUGCGCAAUCACAUGCCCAUGAAGUCAACUCUCAUGACUCACGAUUGUCCCGUUCUACGAAGUCACCGUGAAGGAUGGAUUAUGAAAUACGGGACCAGCGCUCCUCAGAGAAAUAGCUUUAGGUUCCUGCGAGCGUCUGGCCGCAGCUACUCAAUAUAGAAUCUUGUAUGUGUGUUUCCGUUUAGAGGCCCCGUAUUUAACAUACAUCGUUGACUCAUGAGGGUUGCACGCACAGCCAGCAGGACCGCCCCUCACAGCCGCAGGAAGCUUGUCCAACACACGUGUUUUCUCCACGGGACCCGUCAUAGCCUUCCCGGGCUUAGGAGCUCAAGACAACACGUCAGCACCGUGUCUGGGGGGACUUUCAGCAGAGAAAUCACCAGCAAAUGCCUGAGAAUGAGAAAAACAUGGCAGGAAGCUGACCACGUAGAGGACAUUUGCGUCCCGUAUGAGCCAGGACAAGAAGGCAGAGUGCCACCUGUUUGACCGCAGCUGUACCGACGUCCAGAGUGCUGUAAGGGUCACAGGGGACCCGGAGGCUCCUGACCCGAGCGACGCUUUGGGACAACUGGACGGACCGGACGCCCCCCUCCCAACUCUGAAAGGCUACUUUCUGAACUUCCUGGAGCCGGUGAACAACAUCACCAUAGUCCAAGGCCAGACGGCCAUUCUGCACUGCAAGGUCGCCGGGAACCCCACCCCCACGGUGCGGUGGCUGAAGAAUGACGCGCCCGUGGUGCAGGAGCCCCGGCGGGUCAUCGUCCGCAAGACGGAGUAUGGUUCCCGGCUGCGGAUCCAAGACCUGGACACGACGGACACGGGCUACUACCAGUGCGUGGCCACCAACGGCGUGAAGACCAUCACGGCCACAGGCGUGCUGUUCGUGCGGCUCGGUCCAACACACAGCCCAAAUCACCACUUUCAAGACGACUACCACGAGGACGGCUUCUGCCAGCCAUACCGGGGGAUCGCGUGCGCACGCUUCAUCGGGAACCGGACCAUCUACGUGGACUCCCUCCAGAUGCAGGGGGAGAUUGAAAACCGCAUCACAGCGGCCUUCACCAUGAUCGGCACGUCCACGCAGCUGUCGGACCGGUGCUCGCAGUUCGCCAUUCCGUCUUUCUGCCACUUCGUGUUCCCGCUGUGCGACGCGCGCUCCGGGGCGCCCAAGCCGCGCGAGCUGUGCCGGGACGAGUGCGAGGUGCUGGAGAGCGACCUGUGCCGCCAGGAGUACAGCAUCGCGCGCUCCAACCCGCUUAUCCUCAUGCGGCUGCAGCUGCCCAAGUGCGAGGCGCUGCCCCUGCCCGAGAGCCCGGACGCCGAGAACUGCAUGCGCAUCGGCAUCCCCGCGGAGAGGCUGGGCCGCUACCAUCAGUGCUACAACGGCUCGGGCACGGAUUACAGAGGCACGGCCAGCACCACCAAGUCGGGCCACCAGUGCCAGCCCUGGGCCCUGCAGCUCCCCCACAGCCACCAGCUGAGCAGCGCAGACUUCCCCGAGCUCGGAGGGGGGCACGCCUACUGCCGCAACCCCGGAGGGCAGAUGGAGGGCCCCUGGUGCUUCACGCAGAAUAAAAACGUACGCAUGGAACUGUGUGACGUUCCCUCUUGUAGUCCCCAGGACGGCAGCAGGAUGGGGCUUCUGUACAUCCUGGUCCCGAGCAUCGCCGUUCCCUUGGCCAUCGCCUGCCUCUUCUUCCUGGUCUGCGCGUGCCGGAAUAAGCAGAAGGCUUCUGCGUCUACACCGCAGCGGCGGCAGCUGAUGGCCUCGCCCAGCCAGGACGUGGAGAUGCCUCUCAUCACCCAGCACAAGCAGGCCAAGCUCAAGGAGAUCAGCUUGUCGUCGGUGAGGUUCAUGGAGGAGCUCGGGGAGGACCGGUUCGGGAAGGUCUACAAGGGCCACCUGUUUGGCCCGGCCCCGGGGGAGCAGAGCCAGGCCGUGGCCAUCAAGACGCUGAAGGACAAGGCGGACGGCCCGCUGCGGGAGGAGUUCCGGCACGAGGCCCUGCUGCGGGCGCGGCUCCAGCACGCCAACAUCGUCUGCCUGCUGGGGGUGGUGACCAAGGACCAGCCCCUCAGCAUGGUGUUCAGCUACUGCCCGCACGGGGACCUGCACGAGUUCCUGGUCAUGCGCUCGCCGCACUCGGACCUGGGCAGCACGGACGACGACCGCACGGUGAGGUCCGCCCUGGAGCCCCCCGACUUCGUGCACGUUGUGGCGCAGGUGGCCUCGGGCAUGGAGUACUUGUCCAGCCACCACGUGGUGCACAAGGACCUGGCCACCCGCAACGUCCUCGUGUACGACAAGCUGAGCGUGAAGGUCUCGGACCUGGGGCUGUUCCGCGAGGUGUACUCGGCCGACUACUGCCGGCUGACGGGCGGCGCGCUGCUGCCCGUGCGCUGGAUGUCCCCCGAGGCCCUCGCGCACGGCAAGUUCUCCGUGGACUCGGACAUCUGGUCCUACGGCGUGCUGCUGUGGGAGGUCUUCAGCUACGGCCUGCAGCCCUACUGCGGCCACUCCAACCAGGACGUGGUGGACAUGGUGCGCGGCCGGCAGGUGCUGCCUUGCCCCGACGACUGCCCGGCCUGGGUGUACGCCCUGAUGGUCGAGUGCUGGCACGAGGUCCCCAGCCGGCGGCCCCGCUUCAAGGACAUCCACAGCAGGCUUCGCGCCUGGGGCAGCCUGUCCGCGUACAACAGCUCGGCACAGACCUCGGGGGCCAGCAACGCCACGCAGACCAGCUCCCUGAGCACCAGCCCCGUCAGCAACGUCAGCAACACACGCUACGGGGGCCCCAAGCAGAAGGCCCAGGCCUUCCCGCAGCCGCCCUUCCUGCCCAUGAAAGGCCAGAUCAGGCCCAUGGUGCCCCCUCCCCAGCUCUACAUCCCCGUCAACGGGUACCAGCCGGUGCCAGCCUACGGGGCCUACCUGCCCAACUUCUACCCCGUCCAGAUCCCCGUGCCCAUGGCGCCGCCGCAUGUGCCCGCCCCGGUGGCCCCAAAGCCCGGCUCCCACCACAGCGGCAGCGGCUCCACCAGCACGGGCUACGUGACCACGGCGCCCUCCAACACGUCCAUGGCAGACAGGGCGGCCCUGCUCGCGGAGGCCACGGAGGACACGCCGAACGCCCCCGGAGAUGCGGCCCAGACCCCCGGGCAGGAAGCGGAGGAGGAGGAGGAGGACCGCUCCGUCCCCGAGACCGAGCUGCUGGGGGACAAUGACACUCUGCAGGUGGACGAGGCCGAGGUCCCCCCGGGCAGCCUGAGGGGCACGGGGCCACCGGGCACCCCGGGGGAGGCUUGAGGCCCAGGCACGGGGUCGGGAGCGCCGGUUUGCCAUCUCCCGGCGCGACCUCUGCUCCCCACCCGCCGUGUCCUCCUGUGUGCAGAGCAGCUGCUCCCGCCCCCGGCGGCCAGAAGGUCUUUGAGCUGGGCACGUCUGACGGAGCGGGGGUGGUGGCCCGGCAGGACACACAGUGACACGUACGCGGCCGGCUGUCCCUGAGGG